GGUUUGACCGACCUGUUCGGUGGUGGCAGAAAAGGCCUCGGUGUGUUUUGAGGGAACCGUUUAGAGGAUGUGUUGAUUUUUUUUUCUCCCCCCAGCAGUGAGACAGCAUCUUUGCCGGGUGACACAUCAUUAUCACUACGAGUGGAUAAGCCCCACGCAACACCAUGUCGGACAAAAGUGACCUAAAAGCAGAGCUUGAACGCAAGAAGCAGCGCCUCGCCCAGAUCAGGGAGGAAAAGAAAAGAAAGGAGGAGGAGAGGAAGAAGAAAGAGUCGGAGAGCCAGCAGAAGACAGAGGCGACCCCAGAAGAUUCAGACUUAGAUCGCAAGCGCAGAGAGACUGAGGCCUUGCUACAGAGCAUUGGCAUCUCACCGGAGCCUCCACUAGUCCCGACCCCUGUGUCCCCCUCCAAAUCAGUGAGCACGCCCAGUGAGACAGGAAGCCAGGACUCAGCUGAUGGAGGAGCAGCGGGCAGGUCAGUUUUCUCUAAAAACAAGUCCCAAGCACAGAGCUCAAGGACACUGCAGUGGGACACAGACCCCUCUGUGCUGCAGCUGCAGGCUGAUUCUGAGCUCGGGCGCAGGAUGCAGAGGCUGGGGGCCUCUAAGAUCACACAGGUAGACUUCCUUCCCAAAGAGGUGGUCUCUUACAGCAAGGAGACACAGACACUACUUACCGCCCACCUGUCUGAAGUAGAGGAAGAAGAGGAAGAUGAAGAGAUGAUGGAGGCGAAGCCAGGCCCAGAGUCGGAGCAGCAGGAUGAAGACGACAACAGGGAAACCAAAGAUGGCUCUUUUCCGGUGCUUCGGGAGCUGACAGAGGAGGAGAGGCAACAGAUCCUACACUCUUCUGAGUUUCAAAGUUUCUUUGACUGCAGCAUCCGGGUGAUGGAAAGAGCUCUGGCCGAAGACGGGGACAUCUUCUUUGACUACAGCGGCCGAGACCUUGAGGAUAAAGAGGGAGACUUGGGUAGCGGCUCCAGUCUGUCCUUCAGUAGGCUCUUCUAUGACGAGCACUGGUCGAAACAUCGGGUUAUCACUUGUCUUGACUGGUCCCCACAGUAUCCUGAGUUGCUGGUUGCCUCCUAUAACAACAAUGAAGACGCUCCCCAUGAACCAGACGGUGUUGCCCUUGUGUGGAACAUCAAGUUUAAGAAGGCGACACCAGAGUACAUCUUUCAUUGUCAGUCUCCGGUGGUGUCUGUGGGUUUUGCCAGGUUUCAUCCCAACCUGGUGGUAGGGGGGACUUACUCGGGACAGAUCGUCUUGUGGGACAACCGCAGUCACCGUCGGACCCCUGUCCAAAGAACUCCCCUGUCUGCUGCUGCACACACUCACCCAGUGUACUGCGUGAACGUGGUCGGCACUCAGAAUGCCAACAACUUGAUCACUGUGUCUACAGACGGCAGGAUGUGCUCCUGGAGUCUGGACAUGCUCUCCCAGCCUCAGGAGACCAUGGAGCUGGUGUACAAUAAAUCCAAACCUGUGGCGGUGACAGGCAUGGCCUUCCCCACGGGAGACGUUAACAACUAUGUGGUCGGGAGCGAGGAGGGCACGGUGUAUACUGCAUCCAGACACGGCAGUAAGGCGGGUAUCUGUGAGAUGUUCGAGGGCCACCAAGGGCCGGUAACAGGCAUCAGCUGCCACAGCGCAGUGGGCACCGUCGACUUCUCGCACCUCUUUAUCACAUCCUCCUUCGAUUGGACCGUCAAACUCUGGAGCACCAAGCACAACAAGCCCCUGUACUCGUUUGAGGACAACGCCGACUACGUGUACGACGUCAUGUGGUCGCCCGUGCACCCUGCCAUGUUUGCCGCCGUGGACGGCAUGGGCCGCCUGGACCUGUGGAACCUCAACAACGACACCGAG